CCUCAGGUUUCAAACAAUGACAAAAUUGUGACCAAUUGUUCCGAUACUACUGUUGAUGCGGACAAUCAAUUCAAUCCCAAAGACCUCAUAUUUCGGACAUCGAAUGCAAGUGACAACCAAUGGGUCGUCAUUUACAACAAGAAAUGGCGAAACAUACUGUGUAAUUCACCGAAACAGAACCCAAGUCUAGUGACCGAUAAAACCAAAUGCAAACAAUUGAUUGGUAGAAAUCAAACAGUCAUCGAACUCAUCGACCCAUCGAUUGUGAAGAGUAUCGAUGAUGUCGUUGAGAACCCGUCGGGAAAUGUAAUCCACGGAUACUAUAUAUUCUUCAGACGAGACGGACGGCCAGUCUUUUGUGACAAAUCUAUGUUUGUCCCGAAGAAUAGGUUUAAUAUUUUAUCUGAAGCCUACAUUUACCAACAUAUUCAUUACGCGAGUGAUGUUGACAUAGAUCUGGGCUAUGAGUUGACGCCACUGUCCGUCAAAAACGAGCCCACAGUCCAGUGGCCCACAGAAGAGGGCGAAUACUAUACCUUGGCUUUGGUUGAUCCCGACGGCGAGUUCGCACAGUUAAACAUUGGCAGAUAUGAAGGCAUCGGAGUGUUCGGAUCGAAUGUCCAUAGAGUGACUUACAUGUAUACAAAUGCCAUUCAAUGGCAGUUUGAUGUGCCAUCAAGGAAAAUGUCAGAUCUAUCACCCAUUGGUAAAGGGAUUAUCAAAAGAUUCAGUGGUAAUGAUUACGACUGUUAUGUCAAAUAUCAGACCGUAAACUAUAUCGUAAGCAACUUUAUUGAGACCCAUUGUUAUUAUGGCAAUACUAACACCACAGACAUAGUUUCUAAUUACAACCCCAAAGCUAUCAUAUUCCGGGCAUCGAGUGAUAGCACUAAUGAAUGGGUUGUCAUUUACAGUAGGAAAGGGUCACUCAUAUCGUGUUAUUCCCCGAAACAGAGCCCAAGUCUAGUGACCAAUAAAACUCAGUGCAGAAAAUUGAUUGGAAGAAAUAAAACAGUUAUCGAAACCAUCGACCCAUCGAUUGUUGAGAGUAUCGAUGGUAUCGUUGAAGGUAUCGAUGUAUUCAAUAAUAGGAUCAUCGGAUACCACAUAUUCUUUAACCGAGACGGACGACCAGUCUUUUGCUCUAAACCUAUAGACGACACAACGAAAACUUGCAAUUUGGAGAAAGACAUCACUUAUAUACUGCCCGACUGUUUCCCUCCAGAAAAAGGUUGGUUCGAGAGUUGGGGCAAAAUUGCUUUGAUAGCAAUCGGUGCCUUUGUCCUCAUAUUUAGCAUAAUAUGUGGUAUCAUCUGUUGC